GGUUGUCGCCUUCUGUGUAGUUUUCUCAGAGCUCAUUGCAGUCAGGGCAGACACACACGCUCUGACAGACAGUUUGUGUAACGUGGUUGCGCAGCAAGGACAGGGAAGCCUCACACACCAGAGGAAACUCUGCUCUCUGAUUUCAACAGGAUGAAAAGCAGAUGAUCUUGGAGAAGAUGACACAGACUGACAGAGACUCCCUGUUUUUCCCUGCAUGGAUUCCUAUGUGCAGCAUCACUCCAUCUGAUGGGAUUUAGUCUUCAAGGUUUUCCAAUACAAGUAAAUUUCUGUGCUCAGAGCCACCAUGGGAAACAUCUUCCAGUGCUGUCACACACUGUCAAACUACUUUAAGUGUCAGGAUACGCUUGUUCCUGGUGGCUCCGAACAGUCUCCUCUUCUAUCCAGCGAAGAGAGCGAUUGUGAUUCACCAAGUCUGCCACACAGCUCGGAGGAUGACCUGACGGUGUCCAAUGGCAUAACAAACCCAUCCCUUGAACCAGAGAACUUCUUGUUUCCUGACAUCAUCCUGAGCAGCAACCCUGGGGAGGAAGUGACACUGGUGGAGCCGAUGGUGUGUCUGCUGGUGUCUGAGGAAGGAGAGGAGUGUCUGAGGGUGGAAGAGCUAGGAGAUGAAGGACAAGACAGGAGCAAUGGGGAGAGGAGAGAUCGGCGCUAUUCUGAGGUUGAGACGCAGACUGAAGUAGAGACACAGAUUUGUACAGGGGUGCAGACUCAGACGGAGUCGCAAGCAGAGGUUCAGACACAAACAGAGAUACUCAAGUGCAACACUGAGACAGUGGAAAAAGAGGUAAACACACUCCCAAAAGUAGGUGUUACAAAACAGAUGGAUGACUUGGAACGAAGGCUGAAGCAUUUGGAUGUAGAAAUCAAUAUUAAGCAGAAGAAAGAAAGAAAAAGGAUUAUCUCUGGAACCUGGGCUGACAUAGACAGUUGUUUGUAUGAAGCGACCUCCACUUCGAUAAAUCAAAUAAUACAAACAGAGCAAAACACCAAGCUGCAAAAGGAAUUAAUCAGUGAUGAAGAUAAUGUCUGUAAGCUGCAAAACAGUGUUGUCACUGCUGAGGAAAGCUCGGCCAGAUGGAUAGAUUCGCACCCUGCGCUGGCACAUCUACACGAAACAAACAAACAACAAAACCCUGAAUCAGAGUCUGCUACAAUGAUGCUGACUGAGCACAAGGCAAGCAACAUGGAUGAUAACAUGGAUGCUGUGGAAUCACACAGGAGGACAAAACACAGUAAAACUAACACUGAAAAUGUGAAGAACUUCAAGUCUGCUGUAUUUUGUGAGGACCUGAAUCUGCAGGAUAAUCAGGGCGAUGAACAAAUGGCAGAAAUGUCUAUGUUGUUAGGACAUAAUGUAAAGGAUAUUCACACAGAUGAGACAACAGAUCUGACCAUUUUAAAUGUAGAUCAGGACCCAGAAAACAGAGAGGACGACAACAUGACUGCUCUGCAAGAUGUUUCGGAGAUGGUGGAAGCUGUGAUGCCGAUGGAGGAUGAUGAAGGGACAAAGCAGAUGACCCCGUUUUUAGUUGAUAGACUCUUUAUGGCAGCACCACAUAUAAAAGCACCUGGCGUCAGCUCCUGGCGUCUGCCGGUAGAAAACCCUGAUGACGAUCUUCCACAGCUGUCUAAUGAUAAAGACAGGAAACAGUCAAGCCUUCAAGACAUAGUGGAGCUCAAUCAGACUAGCUUUACUGUCAGAAUUCAGCCUCCUGGAGCAGAAAGUUUUGAGCUUCAGGUGUCUGGACAGAUGUUGGUGGCCGAGCUGCAUCAGGUGCUUAUGGAUCAUGAGAUCACCUGCCAUCGCACAUGUUUCUCCCUCCAGCUGGGGGGCACCACCCUAGACAGCCUUGCAGAGCUGCGCUCCAUCCAGGGCAUCCAGGACAGAGCGUUGAUCAAGGUGGUGGAGGAUUCAUACUCUGUGCGGGAUGUUCGUCUUCAUCUCAGACAUGUACGUGAUCUCCUGAGGAGCCUCGACCCUGCAGAUGCAUACAAUGGUGUGAAUGGCUGCUCACUAUCUUACCUGUCCUUAUAUACUGGGGGAGACAAUGAUGGUGAAAUUGUGGCGAAGAGGCGAGCAUUUGAGAAGGUGUCUGUUGACUGCAGCCCACCAGAAUACAUCCUCCCUGGAUAUAAGGAGCUACCUCUUCAUCCACUGCAGCCAAUCAAAGAUGACUGGAAGUGCCUGCGGGUCCUGACAACGAGCAGUUGGAACCCUCCUCCAGGAAACAGGAAGAUGCAUGGGGACUUAAUGUACAUCAAUGUCCUCACUAUGGAAGACAAAGAGCUCAACAUAACAUCUUCUACGCGAGGUUUCUACCUCAACCAAUCAACUGCCUUCAACUUCAACCCCAAACCUGCAAUUCCCAAAAUCUUUUGUCACUCUCUGGUUGAGCUGCUGAGUCAAGUCAGUCCUGCAUUCAAGAAAAACUUCAAUGUCCUGCAGAGGAGGAGAGUUCAGCAGCAUCCUUAUGAGCGUAUUGCAGCACCUUUCCAGGUGCUCACCUGGAUUGCUCCUCACGGAGACCACACCCUUGACUGUGUCAGAGCGGAGGAGACUCACACCAGUCGUAUGGGGCAGGAUGAGCACACAGCUGGGCAGAGUCGUGACUGGAAUGAGGAGCUACAAGGAUGCAGGGAACUCCCCAGGAACUCCCUACAGGAGCGACUGCACAGAGAGAGGAGCAUUUUCAAGAUGAACAGUUGCUUUGUUGCUGCUGCUGCACAAGGUGCUGUGGCUGUUAUCGAUGGUAACGUCAUGCCGUUAAACCCAGGGGAACUACCUCAUCUGCAUAUGUUUAUGUGGAACAACCUCUUCUUCAGCCAGGGGUUUGAUGUGUCCGAGCACUACAGACCACAAGGAGGCAAUACUGCUGCUCAUGCUGCUGCUGUGUGUGACUUGAGAGGAGCAGAGGCAUAUACGUCUGUUGACACAGAGGGGCUUCACACACUCGGGACGGCUGUGGUGGAUUAUCGUGGUAUUCGCGUUAUUGCUCAAACAAUUGUUCCUGGGAUACUGGAGAAGAAUCAUGAGCAGAUCGUUUAUGGCUCUAAUGACAAUGGGAAAACUGUUUUUACACACCCAAGAUUUCUGGAGCUUCUGGAUAAAACCAGUAAACCACUGAGAAUCCAGCAUCAUCAGGUGUUGGACCACAAUGACAGACCUGUGGAGCUUUGCUCAGGCAUCUCCACUGUUGGCAUCUUUGGUAAUGAUGGACGCCCUUACAUCUUGGACCUACUGCGGACUUUCCCCCCAGAUCUGAACUUCCAGUUUUCGGAGAGAGAAGAGAUAAGUGGGGAGGUGCCGAAGGAAUGUCAGAGUUUGGGUUACCCGCGGCUUCAUUGUCACGGCCUGGCCAGACUGAGACCAGAACUGACAGAAGCCUUUCUCCAACACAGGUACAAGCUUUUUGUGAAGAUAGUAUCCCAGGAGCUUAGCCAGCCUAAAAAACAGGCUAAAGUCACAAGGAGGAGUGAGGACCCCACCUGCGAGCUGAAAGAUGAAGAUGAAGGAGAUGAAGCUGCAUGCACUGAUGACAUAGAAUCUCAGAGAAGAAAUGCAAUCUUGAAAGCUUGUAAGGCUGUUGGAUCACUAAGUGACUCUUGCUUUGACAUCCGCUUCAAUCCUGAUGUUUACUCUCCAGGCGUGCGUUUCCCCUCUGAAUGUAUCGAGGAGCUUCAGAGUCACAGACAGCUGCUAUGGGAUGCGGCUGCUUUUCUGCUCUCGAAUCAGAUUCCAGCAGUGCUGAAGGACUGUCUGGACCAAACAGUGAUGCCAAUGGAUGGAGCGACCCUGACUUCAGUGCUGCAUCAGCGGGGUGUAAAUGUACGAUAUCUUGGCGCCGUACUGAAGGAGCUGGACAGGAUGGAGGAGAAAGGGAGACUCAGCCACAUAAAGAGAAUUUCUAUUUGUGAAGUCAUCAUCAGAAGUGCAAAACACAUCUUCAGGUCCUUCCUACAGGAUGUUGAACCCGCAGCUUUCUCCGCAGCUGUCAGUCACUUCCUGAACUGCCUCCUGAGCUCCUCCUACAGUUUCUCUGACUCCUGCUCGGAUGAGCUCCUUCCUCACCGCAGGAGCCGCCGCCGUCGGAGUCACGGGAGUCGAGUUGGCUUGAUGGUAGGCGGUGUGUGGGCAAAACUGACUUCUGCUGAGCUGUGGAGGAGGAUCAGGGCUGAGGCACAAGAUUAUUACCACUACACAAUCAUCAGUGAAUGUAUUGAUGAAGUAAUAGAGAAGCACAACCUUCAGAAAAUUUCCCUUUUGAGAGAGAUUGCCAUUAAGACGGGCAUCCAGGUGCAGCUUAGAGACUAUGCCCUUGAGUCUCGACACAAGCCAGUGUUUGGCGAGGAAGAUGUUGUCAACAUGUUUCCUGUGGUCAAACAUCUCAAACCUACAUCAAGUGAUGCAACGCUGCUUGUGCAGGAGGCACAGCUGGCAGUACAGCAAGGGCUUCUCAGAGAUGGCCUUGACUUGAUCAGCCAGGCCCUGACUCUUUUCAGCAGCGUAUGCGGGGUCCUGCAUGAGGAUGUGUGCAUGUGUCUGCGUCUCUUAGGACGACUCAGCUACGUCUUGGGGGAAAAUGCAGAUGCCCUCAGCUACCAGGAAAAGGCUGUUAUGAAUUCUGAGAGAAUAAAAGGUAUAGACCAUCCCCAGACCAUACAAGACUAUACUCACCUGGCCCUGUAUUGCUUUGGUGGAGGAUGCCACUCAACUUCCCUGCAGCUGCUGUAUCGUGCUCGAUACCUCACCCUGCUUGUUAGUGGAGACAAUCAUCCACAAGUCGCACUGUUGGAUAGUAUGCUGGGUUUAAUACUUUAUGCACUGAUGGAGUUUGAGCUUUCUCUCAAGUUCCUACAGAAUGCCUUAAUUUUAACCUCAAAAUAUCACGAUGCUAAAUCCCUGAAGUGUGCACACAGCCACCAUCUGCUUGCCACCGUGUAUGAGAGUAAAGGGGAGUUUCGUUUAGCUCUGCAACAUGAAAAAGAAGCUUAUUCCAUAUAUAAAAGCCAGGCUGGUGAGGACAACAACAAUAUGAAGGGAAGCUCAGAGUACCUGAAGAGCCUUACUCAGCAGGCUGUGGGUCUUCAGAAAGCCAUCAAUCAUAUCUACAGUGACACACCAAGUGCCUGUAUCCCAGCUCCAAAGUUUUCCACACCAAGCCUUCCUUCUGUACUUCAACAGCUCAACCUGACAUGUGGAAUCAUUCUCAUCCGCCUCAGUGCAAAAGAACUGGCUGACCUAAGGACUGAACUGAAAGGAAAAGAAAAAGUUCAAAUUGAAGAGCUGGAAAAUCUACUAUUGAAUCAAAAAGGCUUGAAAACCACUGGCAAAGGAUGGCAAUACUGAACUGUGGAUUAAAGGGAUUAAACUGGACUAAACUGUGUAUUCUAUGAAAAUGGCCAUGGACAAGUAGGAAAAAGUUGGUGUUGAUAAUUUGUUUAAAUAGAUUAAGCUAUCUCCUGUUACAAGGUGAGUUUAUUUGGCUGCUUGAGACUGAAUAUUAUAAAGAGCCUUAUCUAAACUAUGAUACUGAUUUAGCUGAAGUAUGACAUCCAUGAAUGAACUGUCUGUAACGUUGAUGGCAAAUACAAACUUUUUAACUGAAAAAAGUUACACUGGAUACACUUUACAAUGAUACUGCUAGAUGAAUGAACAAACGCAGAAUGUUUCAAACGUCUUAUUCUGAGAUAAAAAAAAGCAAAAGUGCCAGUCUCAUGAAUUUUAAGAUUAUGUACUGUCACUUUGCAAUCCCCCAUGUGUCCACUGGGUUUCAUACUUGUGCCAUGAGCCUUUCUGUUGAUAAUAUAAAUUGAUUAUGAUGUUUCUGUACCUGAUUAUGAAAAUAAUCUGUUUUGAAUGUGAAAGUAGCUUAUUACAAUUCACAUUAGACUCAUUAAUAGUGAAGGAAAUUGUCUUCAUCCUGCAGGAGCAAGUCAUACCAAUAGGAACUAAAUCAGCGGUGUCCAGCUCCA